AUGAAUGUGAAUUAUGACCGUGUUUGUAGACUGUGCUUGUCAUCUCGAUGCGAAUUACUACCGAUAUUUCCUACCACCAGUUCGGAUGACUCUGAACCUCCUGUCCUCGCUUCGAAAAUCAAAGAUUGCGUGUCAGUGCAGAUAAGCGAAAAUGACGACCUGCCAACUAAUGUGUGCAGGAAAUGCAUGGACAAUGUAAAUAAUUGGCACAUUUUUAAAACAAUAUGUGAAAGGACACAAAACAAGUUACAGUCUCUGAUUAAUAAGGAGAGCAACCUACUAGAAGAGGUAAAAAUAAAAAAUGAACCAUUAUCAGAUGAAGCUUAUGAUGAUGGAGUGGUUAUUGAUGGAUCAUACCCUGACAUUGAGAACAAUGGGCCAUCACAUAAAGUGCAACCUGAAGGUCCACCAAUAUUGGCAUCAUUGGGACUCACACCGAGAAGUGAUAAGAAAUAUGUAGAUCCUCGGAUGGACUGGCACCGUGUUCAUGCAAUCCUGGACAUGGUCCAAGAAGAUGAGGUCAUAGAUUCUCUACAGUCCAUGGAAGAAUGUGAUGUCAUACAUCAUUCAGAUCAUGACUCUGAAUCAGAAUCAGAGAUGAAUACUGACUCGCUAGAGGACUAUACUGAUUGCAAAAAUGGAUACAUGUGCAAAAAUAAGAAAAUAUUAUCUAAAAAUCCUAAAUCGUCAUCAGUUAAUACAAUUGCCAAGAUAAAACAAGCUGUUAAUUUAAGAAAACGAAACCUCAUUACAACCAAACAUUGUCCGCAGCCAAAAUCAGCCUGGCAAUUGCUUUUUACAGAUGAUCUCUUAGAACUGAUUGUUAGUUCUACAAAUGAAAAAAUAACAAAGUAUAGUAAGAAAGCAUCAGAUAAAACAAAUGUUAAUGAAAUUAGAACAUUAAUUGGAGUACUGUAUUAUCAUGGCAUUAUGCGACCUACACAUCAGAAAUUCAGUGACCUUUGGAACAAUGAGUAUGGAGCGCCGUGUGUUCGUAAUUCAAUGCAAUUGGAGAGGUUUAAAUUUCUUCUGAGAAACAUAAGUUUUGAUAAUGAGGAUGAUGAUAGUAUUGUGCAGUUUGAUGUUAUGAAGCGUAUGAGGAAAUUGUUCGAGAUAUUCGCUUUGAAUUGUCGUACGUCAUUGGAUGUUGGAAAUUUAGUAGUUAUAGAUGAAGUUAUUUUACCUGUUCACGGUCCUUGCCCUUUUCGAUACAAUAUUAAAAAGAAAAAAUUGAAAAGUGGUCUCAAGUUGGUCCUCCUAAUAGAUCCAGUGAAUUUCUAUGUAACAAAUUUAGAUGUAAUAACUGAUCCAUAUUUUGGUUGUGAUGAAAUUGCAUUAAAGUUGGUGCAACAUUUAGCUGGAACUGGCCGGACUGUUGUUAUGGACAGCUGGUUUACAUCAGACUCGCUUAUUAAAAAACUCAAAGAUGAAUACAAACUAAGCAGUAUUGGAGCUAUUAAUCCUAAAGAUGAAUUAGUGCCGCCAAUAUUUUUGUCAAAAUAUAGAAGUAAAAAGAUAUUUAUAAAUGGCUUUUUAGACAGUGAUACUUCUCUCACCUCAUAUGUGAAUCAUAAUUCUAAAGUUAUCAAUGUCCUAACAAAUGAUCCAAAUUACUACAAAAAGGGACAUACCAGUCACAAUUCAGUGGUUUCUUUAUACAAGAAAUAUCAAUCUGCAGUAGAAGUGUUAGAUGUUUUAAUGCAUUAUUACACAACUAUGCAACAUAGUAAUGAUUGGACUCUCACAUUAUUUUUUAUGCUUCUCAAUAUAGCAUCAGUCAAUGCCCAAGUGAUAUGGAGUUCCGAGAACACAAACACUGUUGUACAACGUCGAAUUUUUAUAAGGGAGCUCGCAAUUAGUUUGAUGGAAAAUGAAAAAUUGAUACCGUCUUUUAGUAAUAUUGAUGUUAAACGUAUAAAAUUUUCUACUUUUGAACAUGUAACACAAUUUUAUAAGAACAGGCGUAGGUGUAAGUACUGUUUUAGGACAAAGAAAAUCGACCGUAGAACAAAACAGUUUUGCCUUAAAUGUGGUACAUUUAUAUGUAAAGAGCAUACUGUGACUAUUUGUACUGUUUGUGUAGCUCCU